AUUCUGGCAGGUGAUCAAAUCGCAAUCAUGCUGCGGCAAGCCUACGACGCGCUGUUUGCCAAGACCCUUGCAGUGGUGGAGCGAGACGUGGUGCCAGACUCGGUCAUAAGGGCGGGCAUCCGGUAUCUGCUCAGCCAGCGCGUGAAGCUGACCACAGACCUGCCAGCAGAGGAGCACUACCGCCAGCUGCAGGCAUUCAGAGACGAGCUUGCCGGCAUGCCGGUGGCGGUGCAGACGGCGGCGGCCAACGAGCAGCACUACGAGCUGCCCACAGAGUACUUUCUGCGGGUGCUGGGCCCGCACCGCAAGUACAGCAGCUGCCUGUUUGAGCGGCCCGAUGCCAGCCUGGAGGAGGCGGAGGUGGCGAUGCUGGAGCUGUGCUGCGAGCGGGCGCAGCUGCAGGACGGGCAGCAGGUGCUGGAGCUGGGGUGCGGGUGGGGCAGCUGGAGCCUGUUCAUGGCGGCCAAGUACCCGGCCUCCUCCAUCACCGCAGUCAGCAACAGCCGCACCCAGCGCGCUUUCAUCACUGCCGAGGCAGAGCGGCGCGGCCUGGCCAACCUCACCGUCAUCACCGCAGACCUGCUUGACUUCCAGCCGCCUGCUCCUGGCACCUAUGAGCGCGUGGUAUCCAUCGAGUGCUUCGAGCACAUGAAGAACUACAAGGAGCUGUUUGGGCGCAUCGCCGCCUGGCUGGCGCCGCGCGGCCUGCUCUUCUUCCACAUCUUCGUGCACGCCCGCGGCCUGCCCUACCACUUCGAGGCGAGUGGUACCGCCCCGCGUGAUGAUUGGAUGACCAAGUACUUCUUUUCCGGCGGUACCAUGCCCUCCAUCGAGCUCAUGCACAUGUUCCAGGAUGACCUGGCGGCGCAGCAGACGUGGUACGUCAACGGCGUGCACUACAGCCGCACCCUGGAGGCCUGGCUCAGGCUGCACGAUGCCUCGCGCCAGCAGAUCGUGCCGCUGUUUGAGCAGACCUACGGCAAGCAGCAGGCCCUCAAGUGGUUUGUCUACUGGCGCCUGUUCCUGAUGUCCUGCUCCGAGCUCUUCCGUUACGACUCCGGCAACCAGUGGGGCGUGGCGCAUAUGCUGUACCGCAAGCAUGCGUGAGGAGGGGGGCCGCGGCGCCGGAGAGUUGGGGAUGCUGGCGCGGGCCUUUUGUAACGAGCGACUGCUC